AUGUGGAACGGUGCAAAAAACGUACUUGUACAAGGCGGCACCUUUGUUGCCAAAACGGUAUUUUUUCCAAAUCUUACACCAACAUUCUCGCUAACAGAUCUUUCCACCCAAUUAGAUCCAACAUGCCCCGGUCCUAAGCGGGACAUUAAACAUAAAUGUGUCAUUGCUGCAGUGGUACUAUGUGCAGCCGCAUCAUUCAACUUGACUCUUAAAGAGUAUAACGUAUCAUCGUCAUCUGCUCACAUCCUAUCACUUCCUCCUGCUGUAGAAAUAUACGGUCGCGAUCAACUCGUCAAGGAUGCCGUAGACAAGAUCCUUUCUCAAUUUAAGGAUAAGUUGAAGGUCAAAAGGCAUAUUUCAAUUAAAGGUGGUCCUGGAAUGGGAAAGACUACAAUAGCCAUUGGGAUUAUUCACGACUCCCUCGUCAUCAAGUAUUUCCAAGAUGCACGGCACUGGGUUAGUUGUCGGGAAGCAUCAAAAGUAGAGGAUACCAUGAAGGCAUCAAAACUCCUCGAAUACAUUUCCGACAGCCUAGGACUGGAGCUUACAGCGUCGAAUGAUAGACGAAAGGAUAUCAAAUAUUUUCUGGAGGCCAGCAAUCAUAUCCCUCGAAUUUUGGUUUUGGACAACUUUGAAACCAUGUGGGAGCCUCAUGGAGUGCAGCAAGCUGUUGAAGACAUCCUCAAAUUUCUGUCGCAAUUUACGCAGUUAACAAUUGUCCUUACCACUCGCAAUGCUUACGACCCUGUUACUCAUCUCGGUGUGUCUUGGCACCAAUUUGACGCAAUCGAACCACUGACACUAGAAGCGUCAAAACAAUUAUUUACCAGCCUAGCUCCCUCAAGAUCAAUCGAUGAUCGACUAGAAGACUUGCUGCGUGCCGUUGACUGUAUACCACUCCCUAUUGUUCUCAUGGCAUCAUCUGCCCAGGAGAGCUAUACAACCUCUAGGAUAUUAGAAAUAUGGAACAGGGGGCUGAUGGCCCAGUAUAAUUUUACUUCUUCACUUGGUGUCCACGAUGGUGAUCCAAUGGACGUCCUCGAUCGCUGGAUUGAAAUGUCACUUGAAGGUCCUUUGAUAAAGUCCCGGCCCAACGCCAUUACACUGCUACGCAUGAUUGCAGCGUUACCAUCCGGAAUAAGGCAUGAGAGUCUUUGGGAUAUUUCACGAAUCCAAGAUGUCGACCGUGUAGCAGCAGUCCUUGUCAGGACCUCUCUGAUUACCAACUCUCCAUUCAUAUUACAGAUGCACUCUACUAUACGGUCGUAUAUGCUUCGAAACCAUGCUCUUAGUGGCAAAUAUAGAGCACAAAUUAAGGAGUUCUACUUUCAGUUGAUUCAUGCUGCAGGGGCCGAGCCAGGAGCCAAAGACUUCCUGUCUCAUGCUCGGCGCCUAUCUGACGAGCAAAUCAAUGCAGAAGCUAUCCUCUCAGAUGCUUUGGAACACGAUUUUGAACCCGCCAUAUGGAUUGCUAUGGACUACUGCAACUAUCUUAUAUGGAACACGCCGAGCACAGAUAUAGCCGAGAAAAGUGUCCAAAUUUUGAGGAAUAAGUUGCUUGGGAUUAACAAAUUUACCCAACAGCUUGACCAUGACAAUGAAUCACCUUUUUCAGUGGAAAUGGUGAAUCAUAUAUAUCCUCUUGCCUUGCUGCGGCUCGGGGUACUGUAUUUCAGACUGGACAAUUACCCUGAAGCAAUAAAUGCUUUGGAGGAAGCGGCAAACAUGGGAAGAAGCCUGGAACAGACAAGGUGGACAUCUCAGGCUGAGAUAUACCUAGCAGAGAUUUAUCGACUUCGUGGGGACCACACGCGUGCUUUGGGGCUUUACUCCAGCGCUUAUAACCGAUCUGAGGAAAAUUUUCGGGAGAGAGCUUCCGCUCAACGUGGAAUGGCAAUCGUCCACUUCCAGGACAACAGCUUCUCAGAGGCUUUACGGGCGUUGGAAACGGUUAGGGAUUCCUGUCCAGCUGAAGACCACUCCUGCCGAGCCGAUUGUGACCGAGAGCUUGGAAGAUUAUACCGGAACAGAAACCAAUCAGAGUCCAUCAGGUACUCUUCAAAUGCAAGAGCCUAUUAUUUGGUCCAUGGCCCCAGGAGAGAGGCUGCAAUUGCAUUAUACCAGAAAUCUAUUGCCCUGUACCUACAAGGAGACUACGACGCAGCAGAGACCGGUCUCAAAGAGGCAUUCGAGGAAUUCAAGCCGCUGAGAAACGAUGCACAGAUGGGGUUUUGCGUAUUCCACCUCGCAGAAAUGAAUCGCGUACGCGGAACAUUGAAUCAGGCACUAGCCCUCUUCCAACGCUCUGAAAUGAUGUUUGAGCACAUGGAAAACAAGUUCAUGGUUGGGCUCUCUUUGAAGGGACAGGCUGAGACGCAAGCCAGAUUGUGUCGUUCAAAAGAGGCUAGCAAAGCGUCCAAGCGCGCCCAUCAUCUCCUCCGAACCAUUGAUGCGAAAGAAGCAACAUCCGCAGUUAUAGAUACUGGAGACCUGUGGAGUAUGUGCCAAUGGGAAUAUGCAGUGCGUGAAAACUGCAAUAUGCUCAUGUUACCGAUUUCCUGUCUGGCGGUUCUUUUGAUAUUUUACUAUGUAUUCAUUCGUAAGUGA